UGUGACGGGUUGCUAGGGUAACAGUUGCAAGGUGUGGUAACUGGUUGCUAUGUGAUGGGUGACUGGUUACUACGUGAUGGGUGACUGGUUGCUAAGUGAUGGGUGACUGGUUGCUAGGUGAUGAGUAACUGGUUGCUAGGUGAUGGGUAACUCGUUGCUAGGUGAUGGGUUGCUGAUUACUACGUGAUGGGUUGCUAGGUGAUGGGUGACUAGUUACUAUGUGAUGGGUAACUGGUUGCUAGGUGAUGGGUGACUGGUUGCUAGGUGAUGAGUAACUGGUUGCUAAGUGAUGGGUUGUUGGUUGCUAGGUGAUGGGUUGCUGGUUGCUAUGUGAUGGGUUGCUGGUUGCUACGUGAUAGGUUGCUGGUUGCUAUGUGAUGGGUGGCUGGUUACUAUGUGAUGGGUUGCUGGUUGCUAUGUGAUGGGUGGCUGGUUGCUAGGUGAUGGGUGACUGGUUACUACGUGAUUGGUUGCUAGGUGAUGGGUGACUGGUUGCUAGGUGAUGGGUGACUGGUUGCUAGGCGACAGGAUAAGCGGCCAUCACAUGGCGCUGGAAUGUGAAUGUGGAGGACGCGAAAUCGGAGCCGAGCGCGCGUGGGCGCCAGGAGGCGCCAGGAGGCGCGAAUCUGUCGACAGCGAAACGGAAUCAGACUGGCGUCCAGAGCUCGCGAACAACGGCGACUGCCGGGGAAGAGAGAGAGACGAGCAGGAGCAGCGGCGAGGGCGAGCUGGGCCGUGCGAAGGGUGAGCGCACGCCGAGACGCAGCAGCUGCCACAACCCAGACGCCCGCCACCACCGCACCCUUGUCUCACCACCAACAUUUGGACAUGACGGAGAGCGGCGGGCACACGGCGGUGGUGCGUGCGCGCUUCGACUUCCAACGCAACAACGAGGAUGAACUGUCGUUCAGCAAGGGCGACAUCAUCACGGUGACGCGUCCCGAGGACGGGGGCUGGUGGGAGGGCACGCUCGCCGGCCGCACCGGCUGGUUCCCCAGCAACUACGUGCGUGAGCUCAAGGGCAACGAAAGACCUACGUCGCCCAAAUCGAAAAGUACUGGCAAGAGCGUGGACAGCCCGAUCUCCAACAAGGGCUACUACAAUGUGGUGCUGCAGAAUAUCGUGGAGACGGAGCGCGAGUACUGCCGAGAGCUGCAGCACCUCCUCGGCAACUUCUUGAGGCCGCUGCACAACUCCGACAAGCUCUCUGCCACGGAUGUGUCCACGCUGAUGGGAAACCUGGAGGACGUGUGCGCCUUCCAGCAGGGCCUGGUGCAGGCCCUUGAGGACUGUACAAAGUUGCCAGAGUCCCAGCAGACAGUGGGCGGCUGCUUCAUGUCCCUAAUGAAUCAGAUGCAUGGCCUCUACCUGGCGUACUGCUGCAACCACCCCUGGGCCGUGCGCACCCUCCAGGAGCACAGUGAGAUGCUGGGAGAGUUCAUGGAGAGCAAAGGUGUGAGUAGCCCUGGCCUGCUCAUGCUCACCACCAGCUUGAGCAAGCCCUUCAUGCGUCUCGACAAGUACCCGACCCUGCUGAAGGAGUUGGAAAGGCACAUGGAGGACAUUCACCCGGACAGAAACGACAUCCACGGGGGCAUGACGGCAUUCAAGACCCUGGCGACGCAGUGCCGCGAGAUGAGGAAACGCAAGGAGCUGGAGCUACAGAUGAUGACGGAGCCGAUCCGCGGCUGGGAGGGCGAGGACAUGAAGGCGCUGGGCAGCAUCGUGUACAUGAGCCAGGCCGUGGUGCAGGCGACUGGCAGCGAGGACCGGACGGAGCGCUUCCUGCUGCUCUUCCCGAGUGUGCUGGUGCUGCUGUCGGCGAGUCCACGCAUGAGCGGCUUCAUCUUCCAGGGAAAGUUCCCGCUCAGUGGCAUGUCCUUCACCAAGAUGGAGGACGGGGAUGUCUACCGCAACGCAUUUGAAAUUAACGGGAACACGAUGGACCGCAUGCUGGUCUGGUGCCAGGGCCCACAAGAGGUGCAGGCCUGGCUCGAGCACCUCCACCGGCAGAGCCGCACCACUCCGCAUGGCGGCGCCAGCAUCCUCAAGUCCACACAGUCGCACUCGCUCCCGGCGCCCGUCUUAGCCAGCGCGACAGGGAAGCACGCUGACGGGGCUUCCAAGCCGCUGCCGGUGAACCCGGGCUACCGCACGCUACCACUUGCGGGCAGCCACGGGAGUCACGGCGCACACCACGUCCACCUGCAGACCUGGGGGCUCCUGGAGCCGCCCAAGACGGCCAAGCCCUGGAGCCUGAGCUGCCUUCGCCCGGCACCGCCGCUCCGCCCGUCCGCCGCGCUCAUUUACAAGGAGGAGCUGAGCAGGAGCCCGAAAACCAUGAAGAAGCUGCUGCCAUCUCGCAAGACACGGAAACCGUCAGACGAGGACUUUGUGAGGAAGAGUUCCGCAGCUGCACUUGAGGAAGAUACGCAGAUUCUGAAGGUGAUCGAGGCGUACUGUACCAGCGGCAAGACCCGGCAGACACUCAACUCCACCUGGCAGGCGACUGACCUGAUGCACAACCACGUUCUGUCUGACUGUGAGCUGGCAGGGCCAGAGGGGAUGGCCAGGCACGCCAGCCUGUCUCGCUGGGACUCUGCUGACCUCCUUUGUAACAAGGACGUGGCCCCCCAAGUGCUGCUCCCUGAAGAAGAGAAGAUGAUUGUCGAGGAGAGGAAGAGCAAUGGGCAGACGGUCACGGAGGAGAAGAGCCUGGUCGACACUGUGUAUGCCCUGAAGGACCAAAUACAAGAGCUGAGACAGGAGACUCGGCGGUUGAGACAUGGCCUGGAAGAAGAGGCCAAGUCCCGGAAGGAGUUGGAAAAGAUCCUCAAGCGGUGCCUCAAGGUCCCGAAUGACGCGUCGUGGGACGAAACGAACCUUUAGCGGAGUAGACCUGGGACCAGAGACUUGUACAUAUGCACUUGUGUGCGCCAACUCCACCACGGUCAUGUUUACGGAAAGCGGCGGCGUGUUCCCGGGGAGCGCCUCGCCGCUCGUCCUGGAGACGCGCGAGGGGACGUAAGCCAUGGGUGGUGUUGUGGCGUCGGGCUCCGUGGUGCCAGACCACCCGAAGUCGAGCUACCCUCCGCCAGGGAGGCGUUAGCCGCGAUCGCAGGUGAAGACAGGCCCCCCCCUCGUUUACCCCAGGCACUCCCCCACCACCGCCACCCCUGCCCCCCCCCCCCCCGCGUGGAUAAGCCACUGCAUGGGUCGUUUCAUUUGGCGAGUGUUCAUGAUGGGGUGUCUUGCAUGAGAGGAGCUCCCCCCAUGGACGCCCAACAGCACUGCACGCUACACCACGGUGCAGCCUGAGAAAACUGCAGAAGCCUUUCACUUUUUUUAUUAGCAAGUGUUACAUUUAAUUUGUUGUCUUUGGUGUCAGGAAUUGACGAUCAUUUCACCAGUGUUGUUACCUCCGAUUACAUAAUGUUACUGCAUUUUUGUACUUAUUAUGUUGGUGUAAGUUAUGGCCGAUGGGUUGUGCACAGAGCCAGAAGUACGAGUGUGCUUUGCGAUGCAAGUAUCGUUAAGGAAUCGUAAAGAUUGCCAAUUAGUGUUCAGGAAAUAUAUCCAAAGGGCCUCAAGCCACUCGGAGAGUACCGUGUGGUGUGUGUCUCGGAUAAUUGUACCAGACUGACAUUUUAUCAAGAGGAGGAGUGUUUUAAGAUGUCGUUUUACAGGAUACCUUUGGACGGGGCGGUGGUUGUGUGUGAGAAGCAAGAGCAUGGAUAACGUCAAUUUCAAUUGAGAUGAUUCAUUUGUUUGUAUUCGGUCACAGGAGUUUGACGUUUGAAGUGUGGUGCUGUCUGACAUGGGGGUUUUUAAGGCCGUCUUCUUUGUCAGCAUCACAUCGGAUUCUGCUGCUGUGGCAAAUUCACUUGUGUCCCACUGAGGUCGUCACCACAACAAGUCACUGCAGGAGAAACCUAUCACUUCCAGCACAAUGUUUCUGCGUUUUACAGAGAUUACAUCACUUUUGCUUUGUCUUGCAAACUCCACAAUGCUAAAUUCGCGUUACAUCGGCAUUUGGUGCUGGAAGAUCAAUUUCGAGCUGAACUUUGUGGCCUAGUGUGCGUUCUUGUGGCUUUCUUGCCACUGUUGUGAAGGUGGCUUGCUACAUGACGUGUUCUGAACUCUAUGAUGGUUGUGGAGGCAGCUCCCACAAUCGGUCUGUCGCCACGCACAAGCACAUGCUAAUACGCAGCCUUCACACUCGUGGCUGCCUGUUGGUAAUGAGAGUUUUGCUUCUUGUGGGAGGAAACUGGAGCCCAGAGAAAAAAAUCACCGCACACAGGGGGGAGGGGUUGACACUCAAAGCUCUGCACAGAUAUCAAGAAUCCAUUGCUGUACUUCCAUCUUUUCAUCUCCAGGCCAUCUCGCGGCCAACGGCAACUCUACGACACCUAAAUAUUCCCAAGCAGUCUAUCUUUCAAGUACUACCCAGGCUGCACUAUGGCAUUGGACAUUCUUUUAUUUGGGGGGGAUGGAGAGGGGAUAAAUAUCCCCUGGGAAUGAAGAAUGAAAGUGCAGGCACAGUGAUUAAAAUAAUCUGCGCCAGGGAAAUCUUUCCAUCAACUUGCACUCUGGUAUCAUGCUGGAUGCUGCAGGGCUGCUUGCCAUUUGAUCACUUUCCUGGUGGCACACUCCACUGAAUACUCGUGUGAGCCUAGUACGAGCUGCCUGGACAUUGGUGCUGGUGUUUUUCUUUAGGCAGUCAGACAUUUGUGUUGGUUUUGCCUUGGCAUAGAACUGUGAUGAAGCAAUGGUUUGUGCAAAGAGUACGCAACCUUGGAUAGUCGUGUGACCCCGAAUCUGAUUCUAAGUUGUAACGGCAAUCAGAUUCCGGCAACUUAUUUUUCUACAAUGGUAUGGCAAUCAUUGCCGGUAACGUUUCCCCGGCAAUAAUCGCUUUAAAAUCGCCCCUGAUUCAUCAUGACUUUCACGAUGCAAGGUGACCAACACGUCAGCCAGUGGAGCAUUCACCUGGCUUGAUUCACAAAAUUCGUUCCGAGUAGCACCUUCCAGGCAAUUCGGUUGCCUUGCUUUGCUUUUUUGGAGACAUUCUGGUGUGGGAUUAGAGAUGUCCUUGCAGGGAUGUUGAGAGGCGCUGGGGCUGGUUGCAUCAAACACCCUGGGUAAGCCCCCCCCUCCACCCUCAUUGUGCUGCUUUACAUGAGAAGUGGGAACUUCCAGUUGUGUGUUUAAUGCGACUGGGCCACUGCCCCAACCACUUUGCCGUGCCACUGAGGCCCCCAGGUUGUGGUGGGGUGACAUGGGUGCUUUGCGGUGAUGAGGGCCGAAGCUGUGGUUUUAAAACAAUCGCGCGAAAGUGAUGAAAAUGCACAGACUUUGUGCAUUACGCUAAAAGAAACAUCAGUUCUUGAAGAACUGCGCUGUGGUACUCUUGUCUUAGGGGCCGUACAUAAAUAACGUCAUGCACGGGGGGGGGGGGGGUGAGACAUUUGUGACGAUGUGUGACGAGGGAGGGGGGGGUUAAGAACUGUGGCGUCACAUCAAAAUGCGCAACUUUAAAUAAAUAUAGACAACACGUUCUACUUAAUUAAAUAGACUUUUUAAUAAAUGUUUUCUCCUACAACAUCAGAGUGCAGCGCCACAUUAAAUACGCACUACAAUGACAAUAGUUUGAAGCGAUUUGAAGCAUGUUUUAUAUAUUUUGGGGGGGGGGGGGGGGGGCAGAGCUUUGUGACGUCAUAUUUGAGGGGGGGGUCUGACUUUUUGUGACGAAGGGGGGGGGGGGGGUCAAAAAUCGUCCAAAAUCGCGUGAUGUCAUUUAUGGACGGCCCGUUAGGCCACCAUCGAAAUAAAUUCGAGUAAAUGUGACCAGCUGAGAGCAGCAGUGAUGCACUGAUGGGGGACACCUGGGGACCCGCACCGUCGUUACUCUCCCGUGAUGGGAUUGUCUCAUCGUUUACAGAUUUGAUGGUGUCCGCUUGUUGAUUCACCUCGUCAUUGUCAUCGCGACUCAGAAGCUGUCACGACAAGUCGCCCUUCCAGAAUUUGUAUAUUCCUCUGGGUCUUGUGUUUUUAACGCUUUGCUUGCAUGUAUAAAGGCACCCGUUGGUGUAUUUUUGUAUGUUUUAUGAAGCAAGGUCAGAGUUUGAACAAAGUCUGAAAUGCAGUUAAACAUGUACGCCGUGCGGAGACCGUUCGGAAUCGUCACUUUAACAGCGAGGGAACCCGUCGCGUUGUAAAUAGGCCCCGCAUCCGCUGAGCAUCUCGUGUUUUUUAUGUACAUGUCCAAGUUUGUAAUGAAUUUUAUCAGUAUCAAUGUUUUAAUGUAUCUCCCUACUGCCGAUGCUUAAUCUCAAUGCUAUAAAUUAAAGUCGAACGAGGUGA